AUGACGGUGGGAAAAGGCAGCAAGUGGUGGAACUUGCACUUGGUCAAGGGAAACAACCCCAGCAAUCGUGUGAUUGCUAAGUCAACUUCUGGAUCCGCGUGCGGGGAUAAAAAGGGCGUCAUCUGUUUUGCGUUUGAGGUUUUUUUGAGGACAGUUGAAGGCGAAGCAGCCAUGGGUUACUCGCUGGCACCAAGCACCACGGGUUACGGGUAG